AUGGUUCAGCUAAUGAGGUCUGAUACAGAUAAUCAAUGUCUGAAAAAGGUGAAGUUGGAAGUUCAAGAUGAUGUUCCUCCUCUUCACACCCACAAGCGACCCAAAUUGGAAACAAAUCCCAAGUGUGAUUCUAGAGAUGAUUCUCUUUCAAUUCCACCAGCUUCGUAUAAUCCCUUGGAUGAGCCAAGCCCUUUGGGUUUGCGUCUCAGGAAGAGUCCUUCCCUUUUGGAUUUGAUUCAGAUGAGGCUUUCCCAACAAGAGGAGUCCAAGAAAAAAGAUCAAAAGGCUUCUGCAGCUUCUGCUGCUGCGGACUCUAAACUAAAAGCCUCCAACUUUCCUGGAACCAUUUUGAAAAUUGGGACUUGGGAGUACAAGUCUAGAUAUGAAGGAGACUUGGUGGCAAAGUGUUACUUUGCAAAGCAUAAGCUGGUAUGGGAAGUCCUUGAUGGGUGUCUGAAGAAUAAGAUUGAAAUCCCAUGGUCUGAUAUCAUGGCUCUCAAGGCAAACUACCCUGAAGAUGGACCAGGCACACUCGAAGUAGUGCUGGCAAGAAGACCCUUGUUUUUUAGGGAAAUCAAUCCACAGCCAAGGAAGCAUACCUUGUGGCAGGCAACAUCAGACUUUACUGGUGGGCAAGCCAGCAUAAACAGGCGGCAUUUUCUGCAGUGUCCACUAGGAUUGCUUGGCAAGCAUUUUGAGAAGCUCAUUCAGUGUGAUCCACGUCUCAACUAUCUAAGCCAGCAACCGGAUUUGGUGUUGGAUUCUCCAUAUUUUGAACCCGGAACAAGUUCAAUUCACGAUCACAUUGAAACUAGUGAUGGUUUUGAUAGAAAAAGCGAGGAGAGAGGUGGUAUUUUUGGAUUGCAGGAUGUGGAGUCAGGAUCUGCCGUUCAAUCAUCUUCCUCAAAAAGUGAACCUAAUCUUGGUAAAGCUCUUGAAAAUGUUUCCCAAGAAAUUACCUCACCUAGCCCAGUGAUGAACACCCAUGCAAUGAAAGAUUUCAGGAGUAGAGGAGCUGAAACUUUGAAGUUUCUCAGUAAUUUGGAUCAGAUCAAAUUGUCUGGACUUCACCCUUCUAUGUCAAUGGACGAUUUGGUAAGCCACAUUGGACAUUGCAUUUCAGAACAGAUGGGAUCUGACUAUCCCAAUAUUGCUGGUGAUGGCCAGUAUAGCAGAUCUAUUCUGGAAGAAUUUACUCAAUACUUGUUCAAUGAUUCUCAACAUGCAACUGCCUCUGAUGAACAGCGUGUGAUGUCAAGGGUGAACUCACUAUAUUGUCUUCUGCAGAAGGACCCUUCUACAGCAGAAGACACAAACACAAUGACCAAAAAUGGCAACGGUCUGAGAGAUGCAAAUGCGAUGUCAAGGGUGAACUCACUGUACUCCCUUCUGCAGUGUGCUGAAGACACAAUGACUAGAAAUGGGAAUGGUCCAAGAGAUGCAGAUGUGAUGUCUAGGGUGAACUCACUCUACUGUCUUCUGCAGAAGGAUACUUUUGCAGCAGAGGACUCAAGCACAAUGACCAGAAGUGGUAAUGGUUUUGAUGCAGAUGAGGGUGGAAAAGUUGGUGCGAGUAAUUCAAACUCCACCCAAUUGUCACCAGGCAAAACUAAAGUGGCGGAUUUGGACAGUCAACCAGAUGAUGCUUCUGGCUGCAAGCAGGGGGGGAUUGGCAUAUCCAGAAAGGAAUCAGCUGGUGAUUUGCUUCUGAAUCUUCCAAGGAUUGCAUCUCUGCCUCAGUUUUUGUUUCAGAUGUCUGAGGAUUCUGUUAAUAAAGUUAGAUAA